UAAAGUUUGUGUAAAGUGGUUACCACUGCUUUUGACUGUAACAUCUCAAUCAAAAAAAAGAAAAAGAAUUUAGAAAAUAAAAUUAUUAAUAAAAUACAUAUAUAAAUUAUAUCAUCAAGAGAUUUAGAUUGGUUGGAUAUCAUACACAACAACAAAUUAAACCUACCGGGCCAGGCCACACCACCACACUGGUACUGCUACACCCACCAAAGACGACCUACAAAACACCAUGGAAGAAAAGGAGAAGAAGAAGAACAAGAAGCAAAAACACCAGCACCCAAAUGACCAAACAACAAAACCAACAUCAGAUUUUUCUUUCAAGCCAAGUUCAGAAGUGAAAGGUCUUCGUUUUGGAGGGCAAUUUAUAAUAAAAUCUUUCACUAUCCGGCGAGCAAGACCACUUGAACUUCUAAAAGUUCUUUCUUAUCCACCGACAAAUAGUAAUAAUAGCAGCAGCAACAAAAACGGCACCACAAAAAUCCCUUUCCCUUCAACCACGGCUUUCUUGCCUACAAAUUUUACCAUCUUAGCUCAUCAUGCUUGGCAUACUUUAACACUUGGACUUGGUACCAAGAAAUCCAAAGUUCUUGUAUUUGUUUUUGAAUCUGAGUCUAUGAAGUUGGCUACUGAUAGAAUUUGGCCACCUGAAAUACCUCUUGGUGAAGUUAACAAGAAGCUCAUUAGAGGUUUAAGUGGAGCAGAAAUGGCAAGGUUUAAGUUCAGAAAAGGAUGUAUCACUUUCUAUGUUUAUGCUGUAAGAAGAGUAGGAACUAUGGGUUUUUCUUGUGCUGAUGAUUUAAGAACUAUUCUACAGUCUGUUGUUUCUCUAAAUGAUUUCUUGGAUCAUACUGCUAUGCUUGCUAUGCCUCAUCAAAGAAGUAUCAACUAUAAUCAAGCUCCUGUUGCCAUGGCUCAUUAGUAAUUUUUUUUUUCUUUUUAAAAUCAUCUUAUUAUUUUGGGCCUUUUUUUUUUUUCUCUCUUUUGUUGAAUUUUUCUUCUUGUUAAAUAUUUUUUUAAUCAUGGGUUGGAGGGAAUUGGUUCAUUUCUGGGAGAUCUUGUGUAUUUUGUUUUUGUUUUUCAGUUAGAAAAGUGUUUUAAUAUGAAUAAAUUGGAGUUUUAAUUGACUCAGGAA